AUGGCGGAAGAAGUCAGCAUCGACAAGACGGCCUUCCACAACCGCCUCUCCUCGCUCAUUUCGGCAUGGAAGGGCGACAAGCGCAGCGGCAACAAUGUCUUCGGCGAUGCCAGCAGUAUCGUCGUCGUCAUGGGAAAGAGCGACGAGACACAAGGCUUCCACAAGGCGAAUGGUCUGCAGUUCUGGCUGCUGGGCUACGAGUUUCCGGCUACACUGUUUCUAAUCACGCUCGAGGCCAUGUACAUCAUCACCACCAAGAAGAAGGCGACAUAUCUUGAGGUGCUAAAGGAUGGCAAGACGCCAGUCGAGAUCAUCGUGCGAGGCAAGGAUACCGAGGAGAAUGCGAAGCAGUUUGAGCGGAUCAACGAUAUCAUCAAGAACGCGGGCAAGAAGGUCGGAACCCUGGCCAAGGAGAAUUCUGCCGGUCCAUUCGUGGCAGAGUGGAAGAGCUCGUUUGGGGAGAUCAGCAAAGAGGUGGAGGAGUUCGACAUUAGCACAGCACUGUCCACGGUGAUGGCUGUCAAGGAUGAGAAUGAACUGCGCGCGAUCCGAAAUGCCUCCAGCGCUUCUGCCUACGUCAUGCGCGACUAUUUUGUUGAGACGAUGUCGGACAUCUUGGACAAGGAGAAAAAGAUCACACAUCGGGCGCUGUCAGACAAGGUCGCGAACAAGCUUGACGAUGAGAAGUUCUUUCGGGGCAUCAAAGGAGUGGGCAAAUUCGAUCCGAUGCAGUUGGAUUGGAGCGUCAGCCCAGUUGUGCAAUCUGGUGGCAACUUUGACUUGAAGCUGACCGCCGAGCCUGAUGACAACAACCUCCACCAACCCGGCGUCAUCGUUUCUGCGCUCGGUCUACGAUACCAAACUUACGCCUCGAUGCUCGCGCGUACAUACCUUGUCGAACCGAACAAGACACAGGAAAAUGUCUACAAGCUCCUGCUCAGCGUGCAUGAGACUGUGUUGAAAGAGCUGAGAGAUGGAGUGGCAUGCAAAGACGUCUACAGCAAGGCGAUUGCUGUAGUCAAGGCAAAGAAACCAGAACUUGUCGACAACUUCGUCAAGUCUGUCGGCGCUGGCAUUGGUAUUGAGGCGCGUGAUGGCACGUUGAACUUGAACGCCAAGAACACUCGCCAGGUGAGAGACGGAAUGACAUUCUCCAUCUCCACUGGAUUCAACAACCUUGAAAAUCCCAACGCCAAGGACAAGAAGCGGGAAGGUACUUACUCGCUGUUCCUAAGCGAUACUGUUCGCGUUAACAGCGGAGCGGAUGCGUAUUGCUUUACCAGAGACACUCCGCGCGACAUGGAGAGCAUCUCGUUCUUCUUCAACGAUGACGAAGAAGAGGAGAAGAAGCCUAAGCCCAAGAAGGAUCCUCGCGUAGGAGCUGUUGCAGCCUCUAACAUUACCAAGACCCGUCUGCGAGCACAAGGCGGCACAACGGCAAACGAAGAGAAGGAAGCAGCCCGGAGAGCACAUCAAAAGGAGCUCCAUGAGAGGCAGCAGAAAGAAGGCUUGGAAAAGUACACUGAGGGCCAUGGCAACCUGAAUGGUACAGAAGAGAAGAAAUUCAAGCGAUUUGAGUCAUACAAGCGCGAUGCACAGCUGCCGGCGAGAGUCAAGGAACUGACCGUCCUGGUCGAUGCUAAGAACAAUUCCAUUCUCCUGCCGAUCAUGGGGCGCGCUGUCCCAUUCCAUAUCAACACGAUCAAGAAUGCAACGACCUCAAAUGAGGGAGGCUUCUGCUAUUUGCGUAUUAACUUCUUAUCCCCGGGCCAGGGUGUUGGCCGGAAGGAUGAUCAGCCUUUUGAGGAUCCGACAGCACAGUUCAUCCGAUCCUUGACCUUCCGUAGUCACGAUGUCGACCGCAUGGAGGGCGUCAAAGACCAGAUCACGGAGAUGAAGAAGGAGUCCGUCCGCCGAGAACAGCAGAAGAAGGACAUGGAGGAUGUCGUAGAGCAGGACAAGCUUGUUGAGAUCCGUAAUCGCCGACCGCACAGACUGGACAACAUCUUCAUGCGACCAGCAAUGGAGAGCAAGCGUGUUGGCGGCGCUGUUGAAAUCCAUCAGAAUGGUCUCCGGUACAACCACCUCGGAAACCAGAAGAUCGAUAUUCUCUUCAGCAACGUCAAGCACGUUUUCUUCCAGCCCUGUGCAGGUGAGCUGAUUGUCCUCAUUCAUCUGCAUCUCAUCAACCCGAUCAUCAUCGGCAAGAGAAAGACAAAGGAUAUUCAGUUCUACCGCGAGGCCACCGAAAUGCAGUUCGACGAGACGGGCAACAGGAAGCGCAAGCAUCGAUACGGCGACGAAGAGGAGUUCGAGGCUGAGCAGGAGGAGAAGAAGCGUCGCGCCCAGCUCGACAAAGAGUUUCGCGCCUUCGCUGAGAAAAUCGCCGACGCUGGCAAGAGCGAAGGUCUUUCCGUCGAUAUGCCAUUCCGUGAGCUCGGCUUCAACGGUGUUCCCAGCCGAAGCUCGGUCACUAUCCAGCCCACCACUGACUGCUUGGUCCAGCUGACUGAGCCACCCUUCACGGUCAUUACCCUCAGCGAUAUCGAGACCGUUCACCUGGAGCGUGUACAGUUCGGCCUCAAGCAAUUCGACAUGGUCGUUGUUUUCAAAGACUUCACGCGGCCUGUGGUGCAUAUCAACACAGUCCCUGUCGAAGCACUUGAUGGCGUGCGCGACUGGCUUGACAGCGUCGACAUCCCUUUCACCGAGGGACCGCUCAACCUCAACUGGGCUACUAUCAUGAAGACCGUCAUUCAGGAUCCACAUACGUUCUUCGUCGACGGUGGUUGGUCUUUCCUCUCCAACGAGUCCGACGAUGAAGACGACGAGGAAGAGGAAGAAGAAUCUGCCUUUGAAGUGAGCGAAGAGGACCUGGCUUCCGAUGAGAGCAGUGAAGACGAAUCUGAAUUCGAUGACGACGCUUCAGCCGAAGCCAGCGACGAGGAAGUCUCGGACGAUGAAGGCGAGGACUGGGAUGAGCUUGAGAAGAAAGCUAAGAAGAAGGAUCGCGACGGCGGUUUAGACGAUGAAGAGCGGAAGAAGCCGAAGCCAAAGCCUAAGAAGCGAUAG